CUAAAACAAGGUUUUGAUUUGCAGGGAUUGGCAUUGGUAACAAUCCAGGCUUAUUCAAAGGAUUUGCAGCCCGCAUACUGUGGCAAGCCCAGCUGCAUAGACGGUAGCAAGGCGGUGAUGUUCUACUUUUCACUGGGGUUGUUGGCAUUGGGGGCCGGUGGGGUCAAGGGAGCUCUUCCAGCACUUGGUGGUGACCAAUUUGAUCAUAAAGACCCCAAGGAAGCCAAAGCUCUAGCAAGGUAUUUCAACUGGCUAUUGCUCAGUACUACACUCGGAGCCUGUGUCGGAGUGACGGGGAUCGUGUAUCUGACCACUGAAAAGCACAAAUGGUAUUGGGGUUUCUUCAUAUCGACUGUGGCUACCUUCAUAGGUUUCACUGUUCUUGCACUCGGCAAGCCUUUCUACCGCCUACGAGAACCCAAGAUGGCCGAUAGCCCCAUCAUAAGGAUAACUCAGGUCAUAGUAGUAGCCAUAAACAACAGUAAGCUAGCUCUGCCGGAUAGUCCAGAUGAAUUGUAUGAGAUCAGGAAAACCGAAAAUGAUUUCAGGGAGGAAAUAAUCUCCCACACCAACCAAUUCAGAUUCCUAGAUAAAGCUGCAAUUGUUCCGAAAGAUUCGAAGACAACACCAUGGACGGUGUGCACAGUGACUCAAGUUGAAGAAGUUAAGAUACUAACCAGGAUGUUGCCCAUUUUAUUCAGUACAGUCAUAAUGAACACAUGUCUGGCGCAGCUGCAGACAUUCUCAGUUAUGCAAGGUAAUUUCAUGAAUCGCAAGAUUGGAAAUUUCAACGUUCCUGCUGCUUCGAUCCCGAUAAUCCCACUGGUUUUCAUGUCCAUUCUGGUCCCCAUCUAUGAGUUUUUCUUUGUCCCUUUUGCUCGAAAAAUCACGAAACAUCCGUCGGGCAUCACGCAACUCCAACGUGUCGGUGUGGGGCUUGUUCUGUCAGCAAUUUCAAUGGCUAUUGCCGGUAUUGUUGAGGUUAAAAGAAGGGAUCAAGCUCAUAGGGACAUAAUGAAGCCCAUAAGCCUCUUCUGGCUCUCCUUUCAAUAUGGAAUAUUUGGAAUUGCAGACAUGUUCACUCUUGUGGGACUGCUGGAAUUUUUCUACAGGGAAGCACCGAUAGGCAUGAGAUCACUCUCCACAUCAUUUACGUGGUUAACACUAUCUUUUGGCUACUUCUUAAGUACAGUGUUUGUCAAUGUCAUAAACGCCAUCACCAAAAGAACCAGUUCAAGCAAACAAGGUUGGAUUCAUGGAUUAGACUUAGACUCGAGUCACUUAAAUCUCUUUUACUGGUUUUUAGCUAUCCUUAGCUGCCUAAACUUUUUAAACUAUUUGUACUGGGCCUCAUGGUACAAAUACAAGACGGAAGAACCUGAUCAUAGUGAACCCAAACCUAUAGAUAUGACUACCGAACAGCUUCCCAUGGAGGAAGUACCUGAUCCUACUGAAGCCAAAGGUGAGGAUUUGAGUACCAGACCGCUUGUUGCGGAGGAAGAACCUGAGCAUACUGAAGCCAAAGCUAAGGAUUUGAGUACCGGACCGCUUCUCGUGAAGGAAGGAAGCACCGUGGAUGGAGGAGUAACCGAAGUACAUGAAGGUCCCUCUUCUGUUCAAACAGAGGAUUCUAAGCAACAACCUACAAGUUGAUGAGAGCCAUAAACAUGCGUAUGUGACGGCAAAUAAUAAUCAUUUUAUCAAUUCAAAAAAUCAGUAACCCAGAGCCAGAGGUUGGCCAAAACAAACAUUUUGAAUACAUUCUAUUGAGUUAUUUAUGUCUUAGAUAGACCGACAUUAUUUGCAUGGAUGAUGGACCUUGAUAAUGAAUUUACAUAUGCAAGCAA